AUGGACUUCAUCUUCCCCGUCGAAACCGGCCCGCAAAAGGCCUUUAUCGCACUGGCAGUGGCUUUCACAGUCGUCGCCACGAUAUCACUUGCGCUGCGGCUCAUGGCCCGCCGGAUCAACCAGAGGGUGCUGGGCUUGGAUGACUACUUGGUGCUGUCGUCAUGGGUGCUUCUCCUUGGGUAUCAGGGGAUCAAUAUCUCUGCCGUCGUGUACGGCGGGCUGGGCUUUCAUGUCAAGGAAAUUGAAAGCAGAUUUGGCAUCGUACCUGGUGAGGCAAGGUUCAUGAAGUACUUCCUUGCCAUGUCGAUCGUCUGGUGCUGCAACCUCGCUCUCACCAAGGUCGCCAUCCUGGCGCUCUACUGCAAGAUCUUUACCAUGCGUCCAUUCAUUAUUGCGGCUCGUUGCGCCACUGCUCUGGUCAUCUCCUGCACGACCAUCAUGGCCAUUGGAUCUUUGACCAUCUGCCGCCCCCUCGACUUCUUUUGGGACAAGACCGUCGCCAACGGCUACUGCGGUGACAUCUCGGCGCUGUGGAUCACGACGGCCUCCAUCAGCCUGACGACCGACUUUAUCGUGCUCCUCCUGCCCAUGCCGCACCUGUGGACGCUGGAGAUCAAGCGGUCGCUCAAGCUCGCCCUUUUCGGCGCUUUUAGCUUGGGAGUUGUCACCUGCGUGAUCGGCGCCGUCCGCCUCUACAUGCUCAUCAACUACGACCCGUCCGACCCGACCUACAACGCGCUGCCCAUGAUGCUGCUGGGCUUCAUCGAGCCGGCCAUGGGCAUCACGCUGGGCUGCGUGCCCGUCCUGCGCCCGCUCCUGGACCGCCGCAACUCGCACGAGCGCGUCCGCACCUCCAAGCUCAUCCCGCUCUCGUCCUACGCCGCCUCCACCGCCGGCGUCCAGUCCCGCGCCAGCAGGUACCACCAGACCAUCAGCGGCUCCGAGCCGCAGCCGACCGGCAUCACCGUCGAGAAGUCGUGGGACGUCUACAACUCUGCGCCGACGCCGACCAAGGAGACGUACUGA